AAUUAUCAUGAUCCUGCCUACGUGGGGGAGUGGCUUUUCACUACAACACUAUAUAUUAUAAUAUUGUAGUCUAGUUAGACUGGUCACUAGUGUCUAUAGAUUUGAGACUAGUUCUAGAUCUUAGAUCUAAAGUCUAGAUCUAGGGAUUGUAAAUUGAAAUUGUAGAUUUAGAUGAUCUAGAUCUAUUUAUGUGAACGUCAAGUCUUGAAAUAACAACAAAGGAAAAGCAGUAAUAAAAUGUCUGAACAAACUUUCCUAUUCAAAAUGGAGAUGACCUGUGAAGGUUGUGCCAAUGCUGCCAAGAAAGUCUUAGGAAAACUUUCUGAAGUGAAGAGUGUGGAAACAAAUGUUGAAGCAAAGACAGUGAAAGUGGUCUCCACCUUACCAUCAGACACUCUUCUAGAGGCACUGAAGAAAACAGGCAAAGAAGUCUCCUUUGUGGGACUAGCAUAACAUUACCAACACUAGCCUUAAAAAAAAUAUUUAUACAGAUUUGAUACACAAGAGUGACAGUGUCCAAGUAUAAAUCUUUAUUGAUGGUUGUUAUUAAAAUGUAAUCUGA